AUGUCCCUGGAAGAUGGCCGCUUUCUGGUUCCAGCCGAGCGGUACGAACAGCUGGAGCCUGUGCUGACAAACAGGAGUCGAUGCACGAGUGCUGACGACCGCAGCAGCCACCUUGCUGCUGUUCACCGCCAUUUUCGGGUCUUUGCCUUGGCGUCACCUUGUCCACCUUUCGAUGGGCGGGCUCUGGACCCACCCCUACGCUCACGAUUUCAAUCGCUUUUGAUACCGUCGGCUCCUUCAGAGGAGUUGGUAUCAUCCUUGAGAGAGCAUAGAGGGCUCAGCACUGCCGAUGUGGAAAGCGUCACCACUGCGGCAGAAACGAUUAUGGAGCUGGAGCGACAGUCCAUCCAUCACAACACGGCAUUCUUCUCCUUCUCAAGCAGCGCUUUGCAGAGAUACGCUUCACAGCAGCCCGCCAUUGAUGCCUCUCAAUGUCCUGCUGUUCAUGUUCUGCGACGAAUCUACCCUCCUCUCUCUGAUCUGUCGCCGGCCGCUGUGCAGGCCAAGAAGGCCCUGCUGCAGCUCGGUUUGGAUUUCAGUGGCCCAGCCGCUAAUGAUGCCGGAGGAGUCCGAUUGGUAGCUGGCCAUUGUCGCACAGCUGCGCUGGACGCAGCUGCACAUGCAAUUCAGGCUGACCUCGCUGCUGGCCAGAAUGUUCUUCUCAUAGCAGCCCGUGGUGCCGGCAAAAGUGCCCUCGUUCGGUGUCUACGGACGGAGACUUGGCAGACGUUUAAUCUUCAUCGAGAUCUAACAGCCCGAGAUCUUCUCCAGAGGCGAGUGACCGAUGAAACUUCAGGAGCAUCUUCAUGGGCAGACCAGCCAGUUGCCGCUGCAGCACGUACAGGCGGCGUUGUUGUUCUGGAUGGGGCGCACCGGCUACCGCCAGGUGCCCUGGUGGCAGCUUUGAGCAGGCUUUGCACAGAGCGUGAACUGGAUCUGCCAGAUGGAACUCGCUUGGUGGACGAUGCCCGCUGCGAGAGCGGUCGAGUACACAAGCUUGCACGCAGCUUUCGUCUCGUGGCGCUUGCAGAGCCAGGCAGCUGGUUGAGUCCCGAGGUUGCCGCCCUUUUCUCUACACACACCCUACCUGAGAUGACGCUCUCAGAGUUAAGCUCUGCACUGCAAUUGCUAGUCCCUUCGGCAACUGAAAAGUUGUGUGCAGACGUUGCAACGGUUUCUUCUGCGGCGCUCGGAGCGCAAUCUGACUCCUCCUUCUCCCGAGCAGAACGCGAUUUGCUGAGAUUGUCUCUACGGGUUCUGCUUCGAAUAGCACGUCAUGCAGCUGGUAGUCCUGAAGGGCCGUGCCUCCACACGAUCGUGCACGACGCCAUGAUGUCACGCUUCUUGCCGGUGCGGCUUCAGGAGGCUGUUGAAGGAUGGCUUCAGUCGGUCGAAAAGAGCCCGGUGCCAAAGUCAGGCAAGCAGAGAAGGGAGCCUGCCGUCACAGUCGAUGCCGACGACGUUGUUGUUGGGAGCCGGCGCAUCGCACGACGCACACCACGACGAUCAGAGUUAGUGCCCGCCCCGCGGAGUUUCUAUGCGAGUGCUUCAGCCUUGAACACGGUGCAAAGAAUUCUUUUGUGUGAAGAAGCUGGCGAGCAUGCCGUGCUAUUGCUGGGGAAUCAAGGAGUCGGCAAGAAUGUGGCAGCAGAUCGUACGCUUCAGCUGCUCAGAGCAGAGCGUGAGUAUGUACAGUUGCACCGCGACACGACAGUAAGCUCGCUGACUUUACGCCCAGUUUUGGAGAAUGGCCGCCUGCUCUAUGAAGAUGCUCCACUGGUGCGGGCUGCAAAGAACGGAAGGGUUUGCGUACUGGACGAAGCGGACAAAGCCCCGACAGAAGUUGUUAUCAUUUUGAAAUCGCUCAUUGAGGAUGGAGAACUGCUUCUCGGAGAUGGCCGUCGUCUCUGCCGCCAAGGCUGUCGUCCAUCUGACAUCCAGAUCCAUCCAGAUUUCCGGCUUUGGGUUUUAGCCAAUCGUCCUGGAUUUCCUUUUCACGGCAAUCCCUUCUUCCGGGAGUGUGGAGAUGUGUUCGCGACAGUCGUGCUGGACAAUCCGGAUCUCGCCUCGGAAAUCGAUCUCCUCCACCACAUCGCUCCCACCUACCCCAAACGUAUUUUGGACAAGCUGGCUCUGGCAUUCGCCGAGCUAAGGACCCUCGCAGAGAACACUGCCAUCUCGUAUCCAUACUCUUUGCGAGAGGCGAUUGCUGUGGCCCGACAUUUGGAGACUUUUCCCAAGGACUCUGUGGCGGAUGCAUUGAGCAACGUCCUCGCUUACGAAGCAUUUGACCCUCCACUACGAAGGCAGCUCCUGCAGGUCUUUGAUGCGCAGGGUCUCCAAGUGGAUGAGUUGGAAGCUAACUUCGACACCGUCUCGGGUGGAAAAGGCAACCGCUCGCUGAAGGCUGCUGACGUUGAGAUCAGGUACUAUCCUGCGCAUGGAGGAGGGCGGAGCACGCCAAAGACUGCAAUGAAAGGCCCCAAACACGGGGAGGUCGAUCCAAGCGGAGCCCCGCACGUCGGAGGCAACCGCUGGGCCGGAGGAAGCGGCGGAUCGGACACCGCAGGGUUGGGAGGCCGUGGAGGUCCAUACCGAUUAUGGGAUGGAAACCCAGUUUUCCAAGUGGAUGAUGCAGCAAAACAGGUUAGCGCGGAGUCUAAGAAACAGGCGAGAGCCUUGGCCCUCGAGGCAUGGCAGAGACGUUUGGCCGAGAUCGAAAAGAUGGAUCCGAGCAUGUGGGCUUUGUACCAGGACGUUCUCUCAAACGUGGAACCUCAAGUGGCCCAGUUGAGGGCUAUAUUUCGACACGCGCAAGACAAACGAUCGGAGCGUGUGUGGAAGAGAAAUUGCUCAGAUGGUGAACUGGAUGACACGCGAUUGGUGGAGGGUAUUUCCGGCGAACGUUAUGUCUACAAGAAGCGCGCAGAAGCGGAGCCACAGAAACAGCAGGAGCAGCACAACAGAAGGCAGAAGCGGCGCCUUUGCUUCGUCAUGGACUGCUCCGGCUCAAUGUAUCGCUUCAACAGUUUGGAUGGACGGCUGAAUCGCAUGCUGGAGGCUACAUGUCUGAUCCUGGAGAGCAUGGAGGGGCACACAGACAAAUUUGAGUUUGCUAUACUGGGUCACUCUGGAGAGAGUGCAUCCAUUCCGUUUGUAAACUUCGGACAGCCUCCAGCAAAUCGUGGUGAGCGGCUGAAGAUCCUGCAGCAGAUGUUGGCGCACAGCCAAUUCUGCUGGCCAGGGGACAACACCAUCGAGGCUACGGAUGCAGCAGUUGAAUACGUGCUGCAAGACUUCUCCUUGGAUCCAGAUCCACAAAGGCAACACCGAAAGCAAGCCUUUGUCGUUGUCAUCUCUGAUGCGAACUUCAGGCGCUAUGGGAUGGAUCCUGUCUGGUGGAGCAAUUCGCUGCAACGAAGCACUCAAGUGGACGGCCAUGCCGUUAUGAUUGGCUCGAUCGGUGAGGAAGCAGCCAGGAUUCAGGAAGCCCUACCACCAGGGAAAGGACAUGUCGUGCUCGAUACAGCAUUGCUGCCAAGCGUCUUCAGGUCAAUCUUCGAACAAGCUGAGAUGAUUUGCGACGAACUGUGA